GUCAGCCUCUGGAAAGUGCGUCGGCCGCUGCAGCUGUAACGGGGAGGAGUCUUUGAGUCAUAUUUAUUAAUAAUCUUCACACAUGCUGCGCCUUUCAUGUUAUUUUUAGCCGAUUUCAGGAUUCGCUUUCUGUUUUGAUGAUGACAAAUGUUUAUUGGGGGCGGGUUAUUAUUAAUGUUUGGGAUUAAAAAGGUUUUUAUUUAAAAUAAGAGAACCAAUGCUUUAGAUAUUCGCCUUUUAAAACUCCUGCCAACACCACAGGCGGAUGGAGCUAACUUUUCUACAGUUUUUUUUUAAAAGAGACAAAAUCCCAAUUUUAAAACUGGCUUGUUUUGUAAAGGUAAUUGUUCCAUUUCUCCGAGGUGGACAGAUGCCUGUGGAGUUGCUGUGAGUUUCCGCAGUGUUGAACGGGGCAGGGCAGCGCAGCGCAGCGUUCAUACCAACGUGGUGAAAGGUCCAUCCUGCGGGUUCAUUCUUUCAGACUGACAUGGAAAAUCCCAAUCAAGGCGAUGGCUGCAGACGGUCGCGUAUUUGAGGACCAUUUGUAGAUUGAGUGCUUUGAAUGCUUAAUUACAAACCUAAGAGUUGCUGCAUUAUAAUUUGCAAUGAAUGACUAGUUGCUGCAGGCAAAGGGAGGGGAAAACAGAGAUCCACCGCUUCAACGUAAAGUUUGGACUUAUUCAAUGACGGUGAUAUACUUGUUGUGCCUAUUAAAUUUUUGGCCCGCUGUUGAUUGCCUUGGAGGAAGACGGAGCGUGUCAACAGUGACGUUAUUCUACAGAAAAGGAAAGAAAAAAUCGCAACUCGAUCCACACAAAAUGUGACAACCCCUCCUCUACAUGCAUGUGAGCUUGGUUUUUUUGGGUGCCUUGCAUCGAAGAAUCCCAACGACAUAAACUCGCCCAGUGCUGAGGCUGUUCCUUAAUCAUGAUGUUUCGAGAUCAAGUCGGCGUUCUUGCAGGAUGGUUUAAAGGGUGGAAUGAAUGUGAACAAACUGUAGCUUUGUUGUCUCUGUUGAAACGAGUGAGCCGGACACAGGCUCGUUUCCUUCAGAUUUGUCUAGAGCAUUCUUUGUCCGAUUGCACCGAGCUUCAUAUUCUCGAGGGAGAGGCAAAUGAUCCCGCAUUCAUUAACCAAUGGCAUCAAGAAUCCAAGGACAAGGUGGUGAUGCUUUUGCUGACCCAUCUCCCAUUAUUGAAGCCAGGAAAUAUUGAGGCAAAAAUAGAAUACAUGAAGCUUUUACCUAAGAUCCUGGCUCAUUCAAUUGAGAACAAUCAGCAUAUAGAGGAAAGCAGACAACUCUUAUCCUAUGCUUUGAUCCAUCCAGCCACCUCAUUGGAGGACAGAAAUGCACUAGCCAUGUGGCUCAACCAUUUAGAGGACCGCACCUCUAACUAUGGAAACCAGACCAGAGGACGUCCAGAUUCGAUGGAUUUUGGGCAAACUCUUUAUUAUCACCAAAGACAGAACUCUGAUGACAAGCUCAAUGGUUGGCAGAGUCUACGUGAUUCUGGGAUCUGUGUGUCUGCUUCUAACUGGCCAGAUAAGAACCAGGCUUGUGAAAAUGGACAUUUGCCACUUUAUUCUUCUACAUCUGUACCUACAACAAUUAACACUAUUGGAACUAGCACAACCACAAUUCUCUCAGGCCAGACACACCACAGCCCUCUGAAGCGUUCAGUAUCUCUUACCCCUCCAAUCAAUGUGCCAAAUCAGCCUCUAGGUCAUGGAUGGAUGUCCCAUGAAGACCUGCGAGCAAGGGGACCUCAGUGUAUCCCAUCAGACCAUGCUCCCCUCUCCCCACAGAGCAGUGUUGCUUCCUCGGGUAGUGGUGGAAGUGAGCAUCUUGAAGAUCAAGCAGUGACACGUAAUACAUUCCAAGAGGAGGGCAGUGGCAUGAAAGAUGUUCCAGCAUGGCUUAAAAGUUUGCGUCUACAUAAGUAUGCAGCUCUAUUCUCUCAACUAACAUAUGAAGAAAUGAUGGCGCUUACAGAAGUACAGUUAGAAGCGCAGCAUGUUACCAAAGGUGCAAGACACAAAAUUGUCCUCAGCAUACAAAAGCUGAAGGAGAGACAGAAUGUGCUCAGAUCAUUGGAAAAGGACAUUCUUGAAGGUGGUAAUCUGCGUAAUGCACUCCAGGAGCUGCACCAAAUGAUUCUUACCCCUAUCAAAGCUUACAAUUUCUCUCAUACCCAAAACUCUAGUGAACAAAACCAAGACUUGAAUUCUCAGUCCUCUUUAAUGAAUUCAGACAACACCUUGGGAAGUGGACUACCUGAUGCGAAGGAUUCUGCUGCUGGGGGCAUUCAGCAACAAAAUGUGACAGGGUGUGAGGGUGAGUCGGGAGGUGCUACUGUUCCAGAAGGAGAUCUGCCUGGACAGUUUACAAGAGUCAUGGGCAAAGUGUGUACACAGCUGCUAGUAUCCAGACCUGAUGAAGAGAACAUUAGCUCUUAUCUGCAGCUCAUUGACAAAAGUGUAGGCCAUGAGGCUUUUACAGAGACACAGAAAAAGAGAUUGUUGUCGUGGAAGCAACAGGUUCAGAAACUCUUUAGGUCUUUCCCCCGGAAAUCCCUCCUGGAUAUGCCAAGUUAUCGACAGCAGAGAAGCUGGGGUUUUAGUCAAUCCAACUCCUUACCAGCAGCCGGAUCUGUGGGUGGAGGAGUGGGUAGACGAACCCAACGCCAAUUUCAGAUGCCUCCUCGAAAUAUGCCUACUGCUCGAUUGGGUCUUAUGGGCCACAGUGGACUUAUGGGUGCCCCACAGCGUAGUGCAGCCAGCAAUCCUGCCAUAUUAAAACAAGGAAGACAGAAUCUGUGGUUUGCUAACCCUGGAGGCAGUAACAGCAUGCCAAGCCGAACCCAUAGUUCAGUACAGCGUACCCGCUCUCUGCCUGUCCACACAUCACCACAAACUAUGCUAAUGUUCCAGCAGCAAGAGUUCCAAGUGCCAGUAACAGAACCAGAUAUAAACAACAGACUGGAAUCAUUGUGCCUCAGCAUGACUGAACAUGCCCUGGGUGAUGGCGUUGACAGAACCUCAACAAUCUAGAAGGUUGAACGACAUCAUUGGUGCUGGCUCUGAACCACAAAAGUAGCUGCAGGUUCAGACCGCAGUUCACAAGUUCCAGUCCCAUGCAGUGGACAGGGUCAAGUAAUGUCUUGUGUUAUAUUUCUGCAAGGUGUAAUGAGCGUAUUUUUGUGCAAGAGUCUAGAUUGUUAUGUAUCAUCAAAAUCUGAAGUAUAGUCAGGUUGAUCAAAAGUAGUUCUGUCCACGAAAAGGAUUUCAGAGUGAGACCCCCUGGAUGCCUAAAAUUGAAGAGCCAUAAAUUAAGUAAAAAGAGUAGUUGGUGUUGGUAUGGCAAGUGAAGGGUAAAAUACCGUUUGUCGUGAGGAGAGAAGAGUUGAAGUUGAAGCAAUGCAACAAUGGUUGGUUACAUUUUCUUGAAGCUCUUUUAAAAAUUCUAUAAAACUAUACUAUAAAUUUGCGACCAAAAGAGGGAGAAACUACAUAUAUGAUGUCUUUCAUAUUCAUUGCAUCUGAUUGGGGUCAUUGAUCUCUUUUCAGCAUUUAAGUAUGCUAUGAAGGGGAAUUUUAAAUGUAACUAAAAUAAAUUUGUAUAUUGUUUACAUAACCAUAAAGGGUACAUAAACAUUUUCAGGUAUGCCAUUAUGAUUUGUAUUGUUAAAGCAUUUUAGUUUUCCCUUCUGCGAUAGCAGCAGGUUUGCUUCUUUUGGUUAGCAGCAGAAAGCCAUGCAUCGACAGGAUAUUUGGUCAUUUUGAAGGAAAUUGUAAAUAUAGGUGCUAGUCCUAAAUAGGUACAGAUGUUAAAACUGAUAAUGAGGGAUGGUUUUGGAAUGUUGUUAAAUGCAGGAGACGUGUGUAGUAUGGUGAGAGUUAAAGUUAAUCAGCCUUGCAAUUUGUAUAACUGUCAGUGAGUAUGCUGCUUGUUCUGGUUUUACUUUAUAUUGUUUGUACCAAUCCAAAAAGCUCUAAGUCAACAGUUAAAGCAAAGUUGAUACAGAUUACAAGUUAUUAGAUCCUGAAUGUUUUUCCUGUCCCUUCCACCAAGUACUUACCCAAAAUAAAAAAAAUUCAAAUAUAUGUAAUCUAGAGCUUCAGCAGCAGAGUGAGAGAGACAGUCUAAUGUAACAAUUAGUAUAUCCGAUAAAGAAAAAAGGCAAGAGCUGAGAAACAGCAGGAAGAUAAUGGGGUGAAAUUGAAUAUACAUGGAUAUAGUGUUGUCAGAAACAGAGUUGGAAAUGCAGUAUUAUAAAAAAAAUUGGUGAAUAAAGUAUUAAACUAUAUACAUAAUGUUUAUACCGUGAAUACAGCUUCAGAAAAGGUAAUGUAACUGCAUUCACAUCAUCAAAUACUGUUUAACAAGAGUCCUAAAAGGUAUUUACAAAUCAGAAUUAAUAUUUAUUCCUCCACUGAUUUAUAGAUGCAAAGGUUAUCUAUUAAUUAGAUGUAUUAUUUUAGAUAUGUAUUAACUUGCUAUGGCUGGUAACCAUGAGUAUGUUUCAAAAUAUUAACAUCCAUUUAGUUAUUUUUUUUAAUAUUGCUUAUUACUAUUGACAAGGUAUAGGUUAAGUAUUUACAUAGCAACAAAUGUUUGUUUUGCUAAGUGCUGUCUGGUGAAUUAAUUUUAAUAUGUGGCUUCUGUCUUGAGAACAUUGAUGCCAUUCUCCUCUUCUGUUGAGUCCUGUAUUGACUGCAGGUGUAGAGCUUGAUUAAUACUAUCCUAUGUAAAAUGAAUUAUUUAUGAAAUGAUGAUUGCAUGCAUAUAAGGCUGUGAAGUCAAAUAUCUAGAAAUAAAGCGGCAGUGCCUUUCCUUUUGUAUCUUACACCUAUCCCAAGUGUUAACUGUUUUAUACAGAGCAAAGUAGCACCAUCAAUUCAAAAACAAAGGUGACAAGACAUAUUCUUGAUAUUUAUAGUCUUUGUCUUUGUUUUGUUAACUGUCGUGCACACAGGAUAUCUCUGCAAGCCCAGAACAAAGCCUGGCCUCGUAACUGUUUGAAGUGCUUAACUACUUCUUGACAUUGAAAAACUGAAAAAAAAGCCUCCCAAAACAUGUAUCCUACUAUACUUGUGUUGAAAAUUGAGGUUUUGUGUAAUUUCUGCCAGGCUGCUGUGAUGCCUUUAAAGAGAUAAUAGCUAGAAUGCGAGACACACAAUAGUCAAGAUAUUUUAAAAAAUGCUGUGUGUUUGCAAAGGCAGGUCUUGCAACAGAUGUGUGUGCACUAUAUAUAAAACACUAAAUAAAAGAAUUAAAUUGUUUUGUACAAGUCAUCAAAAUUUCGUAUGGUGGCUUUUAUUUUUUGUAUUUCUUUAUCUCGAUUCAGAAAAUAAUGAAUGUUUAUUCCUCUGGGAGGAAUAGGAAGCAACAGCAAUGCUAACAGUAAUGACCUGGAUACUUCCUCCCUUUUUUUAUUAUACUAUACCCUAUAUAUUUAUGAACAGUUUUGUUGGAGUUCAAUAUAGAAUCUUACCUCUCUUUGCAAUAUACAGAUCCAUAUUGCUUUCUUUCCUUUGCAUGUCAAGUAGAGGCAAUCCCUCGUUGUAAAUGCAUGCAUGUUUAUGUUCCUGUUGCCUUGUACAAAGAAGGUAGUGUACAAGAAGUAUGUUUCUUGCAUAGUUAUUGCUGCACAUAAGUGCAUAUUUUUACAGUUUGUCACCUUAUGGAAAAAGCACGUUUGUUACAUGUUAAAGCUUUAUGACAAACACUAAUAUGUUUUACUUGCUGUUCUUUGCAAGUGUAUAGUUUUCAAAUGUUCUUGUUUAAAGUUACCAAUGAAUUACUUGUGACUUAAACAACAAACUUGCUACAAUGUAUUUAUUACUCCCAUUCUUGUCACUUAAUUAAAAUGAUGGUUAUUUCAUAUCAGCAUUAUAUUGAAAGUGAAGGGAGACGAUUAAUACAAGUUUUUGUAA